UUUAAAUCAACCGAUUUUGAUAAUCGUGGAUAAAAAAGAUGUCGAAAAUUGUGGAAUAACAAAUCACGAAUCAAUUGUGCAAUCAGCAGGGAAUCAAUUCAUCACAAAACUAAAUUACAUGCGUAUUUCGUUCAAGUUCAUAGCUCUAGCAGAAUCUAUUUCAGAACUUUACAAAAAACUUAAACAGAAUGUGAAGUAUAAUGCAGAAUGGAGAAACUUGAAAAAAGUUAUCAAUUACACAAGCGAAAUACUGGAAAUAAAUAUCGAUCCUGCUGUAUAUGAAAACGAUUUCCCAGAUUAUGUGUCAAUCGAAAGUGACGAGUUGAAUAAAUUACUAGGAAUAGAAUCUCAUGGUGGAGAAAAAAAUCCAUCAACUGUUCUUAAUGAGACCAAAGACUCUGAUAAAAACCCAAGUGAAGGACGAAAUUGCCCUCGUGAAAAUGAAUUUCCUGACAAAACAAAGCGUGAAAAAGUUUCAACAACGAUUCAACAAGAAUUGACUAGUUCAUCAGAGGAAUCGCCAAACAAUAAGCAAGAAAGAAACACGAGCCCGAAAAGAAUCGUUUUGAACAACAUUCUCGAGAAAAUCAGAGAUUUGGAGAAAAGAAAAGAAAUUUUAUCCAACAUUGACAGUAGUGGAAUUAUAUUACGCUCGGUGAUUGAUUUACUUCAGGAUAUUGUUUUUUAUCUUAAUGAGAAAUAUCAAACGAUGAAUCAAAAUUUACAUCAUAUUCUGACGACAGAUUCAACGUAUAAGAAUACUAAAAAGGUGAGUUGACUAAAUUCAAUAAUUGUAUUCAAUGAAUUAAUUCUCAUUCUUUCUCAUUAGAAUUUUAUUUUCAUAGAGGGAAAAUUGCAACUCUCUCUUAAUCUGUACGAAACGGCAAUCAAACUUUCAAGAUCAGAUCCUUGUUGCCUUGCAUAUCAGUUGACGAGAUUGGCCUUUCCAAAAUCUUAUUAUGAAAACGCUACACUAGGCAAGAGGUUAUAUACUCAUGAAGAAUUGAAUGAGUUCAAGCAAGUCAUUGAAAAAGGUCUAAAGAGCAAUAAACUUCCUCUUUGCUUCGUUUUUGGAUUUUCUAAUCAGUUCGAAAAGCCUUUUGAAGGUGAUUUUGAUCCAGAAUUAGGACAGUCCAGACUGGA